ACCCAUAUCUCAUAACUAACACAACCAAACACACCCACAUCGCACACGUAUCCAGUUCCAACCAUGGACUGGUUCUCUUGGCUAUCAAAAACUGGCCUUGAACCUUCCCUUGUUUAUGAAUAUGGCCUCUCUUUUUCUCACAACGAGCUCGAAGAAGACGACAUAGCUUACUUCAACCAUGAGUUUCUCCAGAGUAUGGGUAUCUCCAUAGCCAAACACCGGCUAGAGAUCCUCAAACUAGUGAGGAAAGAAAAGGGAACCGGCAGCCCACAUUCCAUGUCGAGACUGAUCUUUGCGAUCAAGCGAACAAAGCGGUAUCUUUCCAAGUAUGUUAGGACUUGGGUUCAUCGCGAUCAAGACUCGGCGCUAGUCCUCGUGCCAAGGCGUAGCCACAGUUUGAGGUGGAAAGGAGCUAUGUUGAAGAGAAACAAGAGGUUGGUGGUGUCUAAGCAGGGGCCUAUGCUCUUGCUCACAAAUGGUAGCCCUAUGGUCAUGUCUGGUCCAAGGUUGAACAGUUUUUCAAGCCCAAUGGUUAAUGAUCUUCGUAAUGAUGAAAAGAUGGAUGAUGAAGAUGAUGAUGAUCCGUAUUGGUCAACCGGUGUUGAAGAGAUCAGGUGGGAUGCUAUGUUUCAGGAUUUGAAGCCUACUUGAGGAUUGCUCUGAGAGAUAGUGUUUUUAUGGUUCUUCCACCAGAGAGUUUUGGCUGUGUGUGUUUUAAAAGAACCUGUAUUAUUAUCUUUUUCUUGAACGGUGGGUCAUAGUGUAAAAUCCCACUUUACCAUUAGGGUUUGUUUCAUUUCUAUGUUCAUAUUGUCUUUAUCUUUUGUUAAAAGCACCAAUUGAUACAAUCUUGUGAAGAAAAUCAUUGAGCUAGAAUUGCCAAAAGGACUAGUACUAAGGUCUAUAUGGUUCUUUUUAGCUCUUGUUAUCUUCAUUCAACGUCUUUUGAUAAUUGGAGACUGUAAGGGAUGAACCCAAACAAGUGAAGGGACACAAAUAAACGACAGAACCAAUUGCAGACACUCACAUAUCUAUCAUUGGUUUUGGUGUUUGCUUAUGUGCUCCUAACAUUUCUAGUGAUACCAUGUUUCAGGAUUUGAACUUUGAAGCCUACUGAGGAUUGUUAUCAUUUUCUUUUUUAAUCUGCUUUCUUAAUUUCAAUGGUGAGAGAUGGUGUUUUUA